GUAGGAACUAUAUUUGACCCUUACCAACAAGGAAUUUUCUUGGAACGCAACUCUAAUACAUAGCUCUUAUUAUUUUCGUUUAUUCGAUAGAAGAUGGAGUUUUAAAAACAUCAAUGUAAGCAGGAUAGUGUGAAUGGAACAGGGGAACAUCCUAGUUCAACUCUCGUUCCAUUUUUCUCGUCAGUGUUUUGGUGCGGCAGUUUGGGGUUGUCAAGAUGGAGUCACACAAAAGAUUAGAUGCUAGGCAUCUGAUGAAGAUGCUUGGGGAGCACCUUGCUAGAUGCAGUCAGUGGUCAUCAAAUGUGUACAAGUCCAUGGGGGCUGGUGAUGAUGAGGUCUUGGGUUUACAGAGAGAUAAGGUUGUUGGUUGGAUUUUGUCAUUGAAUGCUGAGUUCCGAUUUACACCUGAAACCCUUGGACUGGCUAUUUGUCUCCUUGACCGCUUUCUGAAUCUUGUUAAGGUCCGCCCCAAGUAUCUACCCUGUGUAGCCAUCUGCUGCUUGUACAUCGCAGCAAAAACCUUGGAAGAAGAUGAGGUAAUACCCAGCACCAAGGAUCUUGUGAAGACGAUCAGAUGUGUCUGCUCUGUGUCGGAAGUUCUCAGGAUGGAGGCCAUUAUCCUGAAUAAACUCUCCUGGAAUGUCAAACAGGUCACAGCAGUGGAUCUUCUUCACAUUAUCCAUGGCUUGCUGAUGUGUUAUUACCCCAAACUGCUAGAUGGACUGAGCAACCUGACUCCCUCACAGCACCUGAGUAUGAUGAUGCGGAAGGUCUUCCAUUGUCUGGGAAACCACCAACUGGCAGUCUUCAGCCCCAUCAGCCUGGUGUUGUCCACUGUGAGCUUAGAGCUGGAACAAAUUACCCCAAACUGGUUCUCCAUAGUGCACACAGUCCAGCAAGUGGCAGAGGUCAACAAUCAAACCUUCUUUCACUGUCGUGAAAGGAUUGGUUUGUACUUGUCCAAGCAUGGACUUCUACCCUCUGGAUAUCAGUUUAGAGUGAUCAAGCGUUCCAAGUCGAUCAAGAGAAAGGCCGUGGAUGACGAAGAGGAAGAUCUGUACGAUGGCAUCAAACGUCUGUACAACGAGGACUCCAUGGACACCAGCUCUACUGUGAGGAAGUCAUGUAGCUCGGAGGUGGUUCAGCACCAAGACACUGACGGAAGAAACAGUUUCCUUGUAGCUGCUGUCAGCGCCAAUUAGAACAUUUCUGUUCUGUUGGUUGACAAAGCUUAUCUCUUUUGAAAGUUAUUUGACUUGAUAAAAAAAAUUAAUUUCAGCAAAUCCUUAAAAAAUUGGGAUGGGGGUGGGGAGGCUUUAGUAAGAAAUAGUUCAGAGAGGUAGAUUAAUUAUAUCUUGACAAUCAGGCAAUCAGGACAAAUUUUUAUUUCAGAACCAUUGCAAUAGUUAUUUUCCUAUAAAUAUUUAGUUACAAUAUUUGGCCCAAUUUUUAUAUAUUUCAGUUGUGGUAAUUUUAAAGAUCUAGGGAAUGCCACAAAAAAGCUCUUUUUUUAACCCGAAAAAUUACAGAUAAGCUUUUGUUCAACCAAGUCUUUCAAGUUGUUCAGAUUAAAGACUCUGCAUUGAUGAUGGUACAGAAUUAUUUCCCCCAGCCUGUAUGGAAAAUUAGUUAGUUUUUUUGUCUACAAAAGUUGUUAUAAUUUUGUUAUGUUUUUAGAGUUUUAUUAUUUAUUGUAUUCAUUCAGUGGCCACUUCACUUCUGUCUUUUUAGUUCUUCCCAUUGCAUUGCUUUUGAAAUGAACUUUUUUUUUUCUCAAAAUUCAAGAAUUAUGUUUAUGUAUGUGUAUACACAUGUAUUAAUGCAUAGCAAAUUGUUUAAAUUUGAUGUUUGAUUAAACUAAAAGGCAAAAUAAGCAUGGAAAGGGUGCUAUUAAGUCUCCGGUGAGAAAUUUUACAUAAUGUGGCCUAUUUAUGUUAUUGUCUGACUUAACCAUAUAUAGGUGACUUUUAUUUCUUUUAAAUAGUUAAAUACAUGUGUCCAUACUGGCUGGAGGAAAAGGAAAACUCAACCCCAAAGGACAAAAAAAAAAUUAAUAAAUAUGCCACCAACCGCCAUACUAAGCUUUGUUUUAUUGUGUCAGAUUAAUUUUCAGUUUAAAAGAACCAAAAAAAGUUCAUAAAAUAAAAUGUUAAAAAAAAUAUAUAAAAAUCUUCAGUUACAAUUGUACCCACGUUUAACAAGCAUUAUGUAGACUGUAUAUGGAUGUUGAUUAUUUUUAUUUUAAAGUAGACAAAGAUCUUGAUUGUAUAUAAUUAUAUAAUAAUUUUGUAACAUUGUGUUUGUAUGGAAUUUAGUGAAUUUCCACCCAAGCAAGGGAUACGGAAAGUCUCAGGCAGCAUAAUUCCACUGAUUUAUUAUAUUAAUAGACAGUUUUGUUGAAAUGUAAUUGGACCAUGUGUUAAGAUCGCACAUUUGUAUUUCAGCAUUUUCUUUUUUUUUUUUGUUUUUAAUUUGUUGACAAAUCUUAAGGGUAAUAUUGUUAAUUGAUUAUUUAUGUGAAGGAUUUCAUUUCCCUCCUAGUAUAUAUGUAUACAAAAAGAACAAAUAUUUGCAAAAGGCACUGGUCAGUUAUUGUGAAUAAGUUUGUAUAUUGUAAAUAAGUUGUUAUUUGAAAUACUCUUUUUAUAUAUAAUUGAAGAAGAGUGACUUAUACUUGCCAAGAUUUAUAAUCAUCAGGUGAGAGAGACUGAUAUUACUAUGUAAAAGGAGGAAUAGAUCUUUAACUGUGAAACAAGUUUAGCAAAAGGAAAACUUUGCUUUAACACUCAGAUUUUACAAAUUCCAUUCCAAUGAGAUCUGAAUGAGCUUAAAUGAAAGAGAGAGAUCAGAAAUCCAAUUAUAAGAGAGAAGGUGUGAAGAAAAAGUGGGUGAUACAUGCAAAUUUUUAUAACUUUUUUUCAUGUCAUUGUUGUUAUGUAUUUUUGUUAUAAUUUCAUUUUAGUCCCAUUAGGCUGUGUAUUUGACCUGUAGAAAUUACUAAACUGGACUGCCGCACAUACCUUUUUCUUUCUUUUAUCUGUAAAUCUUGCAAACUCUCACUUCUCAAACUUUCAGGCAGGUUAAGGUUUAGUUAGUAUCUACAGUAUAUGAAUGACAACACAUUGUUGUUAUCAAUCGAUGGCUGUGUUAUGUAAAAAGAUUUGAAUGGCAAUAAAUGAUUUCUGGUGGCAA